AGGGGAAUGGCCGAUGUACGGUAUACUGUACUGUAGCUGUGUGUACAUAUUGCGAAAUCACGUGAUUUAACAGUAUUUGUGUGACUGUCGCAUGGUGGAUGAUUGAUGCUGCGAACGAUCGAAAAGACGAAAGGCGAAACUUUAUUCAGCCCAGAUUCAAUAUGGAGGACAAGAUUUCAACAGGACAGAGUGUGUUGGUUGUAUGGAGUCAAGGUCAAUCUCCAGAGCAAAUUAAGGAGGUGGUGGAGAGACUGAGCAGUAAGGUCGGACAGAGUGGGCGUGUCCAGGUAGAGAAUGACGAGAGACUUUCUAUGUCCUCACAUCCAGCCUCAUCAUUUGAUGUAGCACUGUUAGGAGCAAUCAAGCCAUCAACACAGACCUACUCAUUUGAAACUCUUGCAGAGAUAGCCAGAAUCCUCAAGCCGAAGGGACAGUUGUUGUUACGGGAACCUGUAUCAGAAUCAGAGAAUGGAGUUGGAAUAAGGACACCAGCCAAGCUAGGAUCAGCAUUAAAGCUGAGUGGAUUCAUAGAUAUUAAUCAGAAUGUAGUGGAAGAUUCAGAUCCUUCUUCAAUAGCUCAGAGUAGAAAUAUGACUGAAAUCAAUGGGUUAAAGAUGGUUGAAGUGAGCUGCAAUAAACCAGACUUUGAGGUGGGAUCAACCGCUUCUCUACCUCUCUCAUUUGCACCGAAAGCUAAAUCAGAGCCAGCAAAGACGAGUGGGGAUGUAGCAAAAGUUUGGACUCUCUCAGCAUUUGAUAUGGCAGAUGAUGAUGUGGACAUCAUUGAUUCAGAUGCACUUUUGGAGGAAGAGGACCUGAUGAAGCCAGACCCAGAAUCUUUAAAAGCCACAUGUGGACCAAACUCGGGCAAAAGGAAAGCCUGCAAAAACUGUACUUGUGGUUUUGCUGAAGAGUUGGAGCAAGGAAAACCUGCCAAGGCAAAGUCUGUGACAUCAUCAUGUGGCAGUUGUUAUUUGGGAGAUGCCUUCAGGUGUUCAACAUGUCCUUACCUUGGUAUGCCUGCCUUCAAACCAGGAGAGAAAAUCUCAUUAUCAAGUAGACAGCUCAAUGCCGAUGCCUGAUCUCUACAAAAUUCUAUUGGUAUCCAUAUCAUUUGAAGUUUUAUACAUCAAUAUUGAUAUGAGAUAUUCUCGUCAUAGGGCUGGGAAUUCUGUGAUGUGGCGGCCUGUCUUUGGUAAAUCUCCCCAAAAGUGCUUGUCAGCCACCGUCUCUUACAAGAGUUGCGAUUGAUCUGAUCAACCUCAGCUAUGGAGAAAACCAGCAACGUCAACAUCUAAAAAUGCAUGAUUGUUCCAAAAAAAUUCUAGAUAUGAUGUAUAUUCGUGAAUUCAUCGAUUUCUUGACAAUUUUGGUAUGUUCGCCUUUGUUUUAAUGCAAAGGACAUUUUGCAAAUUUCCUGCAGAAAAAAUAUGACACUGAUGGAUUUCCAUAGUCAUGAUUGAUUGGAUCGAUCGUAACUCUUUGAAAGACGGGACCCAGAUGUCACUAUUCCAUGUUAUUACUAUAUUUUAUCAAUGCUUGUGCCCCCAGAACAGUUGUGAUAUGUAGGAUAUACAUAAUGGGAUGUUGCAAGAACCUUGCAAUCAAUGCAAGUCUAUUUUCGUUCCCGAAAUCAAUCAUAAGUGUUGCAAUUAAUUGCAAGACUUAUGAUUGACUGCUAGUGUGCUUGCUUGUUGAAACAAGGAGUGUAAUCUGAUUUGCUCUAGUUAAAAGUGAUCAAUCAGUUGUAAAAUUGCAACAGAAUAUUUGCAAUUGAUUGCAAAUGUUUUCUUGCAACACCCACUAAGAAUGUCUAUUAUUGGAUAAAUUCACAGGUUUUACAUCAGAUUUUAUUUCGAUCAGGUUCCCAAGCAAAAUAGAAUAUCUGCAUAUUUUGUCUUGUUUAUAUUAAACACCUCGAGUGUGAAAUGGGCUGAAAAUUUCAGGCCACAAUCUGUACUAUUAGCUUUCUAACAUCCAGUGACUAGAUAUGUAAAGUAUGUGCUCAAACCGCUAUUUUGAAUAAGAAUUUCUAAUAAAAUUAUCAAGAGAGGGCACUUGAUUUGAAUUUAAAUCCCAAUAGACAACAAAGUACCAUAGUUACAUUCUGAUGGGUAAAUAAUGCAAUCAAUGACUACCAUGCCUAUGUAAUAUUGUAAUGUUUGAGGAUAGUGAACAUUACUGACCCUUUACCAAAACUGAAGUCAGGGUUAAAAUUUUAAUGAUCAUUUUGUGCCAGAUUCCAACAGUUACAUAAUAACAUUUGAAAAUAUUGAUAUACAGACAGUGCUCGCCUUGGAAUCUGUGAUGUAUAAUACUAGACAAUCUCAUUGUGUACCGACAGAUGCCUGUGAAGAAAUGCUAUCAAACAUGAUUACUUUUAUAAUGGCCAUUCUUUAGACCAUGCAUACCAACAUAUGCAUUUUUCUAGUGCACCGAUAAAACCAGCUAUAUAGAUAAUUCUUAAUAGUAUACCUCAUUGUGUCCAAAGUACUUGUGAUAUUUUCCAACCAUGGCAUGUCCACAUAAUGAAGAGUAAAGUAUAUAUUUUUAAGAUUUGAGCAGGUGAGAUUUAUUUGUAUGUCAUUUUGCACUACUUUGAGAUUAUAUUGAAUUUAAGUGAAAGAUGAGGAUACAUAAGUUUCCAGCUUCAACAUAUAUUUUAGUUAUUCAUCAAUUAGAAGCCAAUCAUGUUUGAAAACACUUUUUGUUUGUUUCAAACAUUCUUUCUUGCAAAAUGUCAAUUUUGAUGCAUGGGUUCUUGAAUUUCUUUCUUUUUUAAAGACAUUUGUUUGUAUGUACUUAUAAAUUUAUAUAUGAAGAAAAAAUGAUAUGGCAUUACAUAACACUCUUCAAUUCCCUGAAAUUUGGAAAAAAAAAUAAGUGUGUCAAGAUAUUGGUCUAUUUAUACUGUAUGUAGUUUUGAUCCAAAUUAUGACAAGUUCUUUAAAGUUGUUUUGUAUACCAAUAUGUCAAACAUGAGUUUUAAAAUCCUGUUCAUGUGUAUGUAAUUAUUGAUUGUUAUUGUCUGUUUUCAAUUGAAAUUGGAAGAGAUAUAUCUGCAAGGUUAUUAAAUAUUAAUCAAUGAGUUGGACGAUUGGUCUUUAUUGUU